GGUGCCCGGGGCCGAGUCGGGCCCUGCCCAGCGCCGGGGGCCGCCGCCCGCUCUCUGCUGCCGGCGGGCGGGAGGGAGGCAGGCGCGGCUCCGCGGCCGCUAGCAACACAUCUGUGACCCGGAGAAGAAUUCAGGGGCCCAUUCCUAAGAGAGGCAUCUUUGAUUGGAGAGAAGUAAAUAAGAUUUUGGGAUCCGCUCAAAAGCAUCUGGCAGUCUGGAUUUGGCCCACGGUCCGCCUGUUGACUUCCCCUGCCUUAGAGACCCUUUAGUGUGCCUGUGCCCUUCUUCAAGCUCUCUGUUCAGUCCCUGUCGAAGUAUGAUGCUGCGGCCAAGGCCGAGCCAGGCCAAGAGAGUGGAGUAGUAACUGCUAACUACAGGGGCUGUCCCAGCAAUCAAAUUGAAGCCUUGCAGCAUGGAAUUUGAACUUGUGUAUGUUUUCAAAUAACCGAGAGUCACGUCUGACUGCGGAGUUGGGGGGCAGGACCCUCUGGCUUCCCCAAGACCCUGCCUGAGCGGACUCGCUGGGGGAAGCACACAGAGGGGCAGAGAAUGCUGAAUGCUCCGAGGUCAGACCCAGGAAGGUGGAAGCUGUGUGUCCUGAAGACAGGCUGCUCCCAGAGAGGAGACUUCCCCAGAGUCCUGCCUGGCUUCAUGGGGAGCAGUUCCAGAGCAUCUCCCAGGGACUCCGUGACAACUGGUGGCAGGGGUGGGAUGUACUGCACCCCGUGGAUGGCGCUUCCUUCAGUUACUGUGGCACUUGGUGAACUUUCACAUUUUACGGUGAAGCUCGCACCCUGGGUAAAUCGGCAGGCUCAGUGCUCACCACAGAGAGCUGGGGAUCCUGAGCCCAGAAAACCUGACCCUUCCCUGACUCUCUGCAGAACUCCAGCUGCUAUGGAAGCGAUUGUAACAAUGUACCGGGACUUCAUGAAGGGAACAGACCCCCGCAUAGCUGAGUAUCCCCUGAUGCAGUCGCCCUUCCUCAUGAUGGGGAUCCUGCUGGGCUAUGUCUACUUUGUGCUGUCCCUGGGCCCCUGGCUGAUGGCGAACAGGAAGCCCUUAGACCUGAAGAAGUUCAUGGUGGUCUACAACUUCUUCCUGGUGGGCCUCUCACUCUACAUAGUCUAUGAGUUCCUGAUGGCAGGUUGGCUGACGGGAUACACCUGGAGAUGUGACCCUGUGGAUUUUUCCCAGGACCCCAAGGCCCUUCGGAUGGUCCGUGUAUCUUGGCUUUUUGUCUUCUCCAAGUUCAUUGAGCUGACGGACACGGUGAUCUUCGUCCUGCGCAAGAAGAAUGAGCAGAUCACCUUCCUGCACCUCUUCCACCAUUCUGUCCUGCCUUGGAGCUGGUGGUGGGGGGCUAAAUUUGGCCCAGGGGGAAUGGGUUCCUUCCAUGCCAUGGUCAACUCCAUGGUGCACGUCGUCAUGUACUCCUACUAUGGGCUCUCGGCGGCAGGGCCUGCCUGUCAGAAGUACCUGUGGUGGAAGAAGCACAUCACAGCUGUCCAGCUGGCGCAGUUCGUGAUCGUCUCCAUCCACAUCUCCCAAUACUACUUCAUGCCCAGCUGCCAGUACCAGUAUCCCAUCUUCAUCCACCUCAUCUGGAUUUAUGGGACCAUCUUCUUCAUCCUCUUCUCCAACUUCUGGUACCACUCCUACACCAAGGGCAAGCGGCUGCCCAAGGGGGCCCACUACCCAGCCCCGCUCCAGCACAACGGCAGCAGCCUGCACGAGAACAGCGCUGUCACCAACGGCAAAGUCAAAACCAACUAGAGGGCCAGGCCCUCCCAGAGCCAAUGAGAGCCCCGGGGCAGAGGUAGCUGGGACUGUCCCCCUGCUCCUGGGUGUUACUAGCCAAAUCAAGUGCCUACAGACUGUUGUACCCCAAGUGCCCAGCCCCGCUUCCUGCUGCCCUGUCUGUCUUCAGGCGUGGCCCUUCUGCUCUGGGCAGCUGCUCCCACCAGUGCAGGGGAGGCUCCUGCUGCUUCCUGCCACAUGAGCAGAGGGGCAGCCACCUGCAUCACUGGUAGAGGGGUUACAGCCCUGCUCCGUUGUCUCCAAAGGAACUUCCCCAUAAGUGCCUGUCUGCCUCUUCUACCAGGGCCCCCUUCCUGCCCCAGGAGGCUGCUCCAUGGUGAGUAGGACCAAACAUGGAGCCCACCCCACCUUUGCCAUGUAUUGGGCCCUGUGUGACUGAGGGGAGUCGCUCUCCCUUUGACUCUAGGUGCUCCCUGUGCCCCUCUGCUCUCAGCACUGCUGCCAAGGAGUGUAAGGCCCUGGGCCUCACUCCCACCUCAAGGACCCCGGGUCCUCCCCAUUCACCAUCUGUCCUUGCCACUUCAUUCCAUUUCAUUGCACUGCUCCCUCCCAGCUCCAGUAUGCGUAGCGAGGGGAUGCUGGGCCCUGCACUGAGAGCUCCGGCACUCCAGGACAGGUAGGCUGGGUGCAGGGCCAGGUACCCCUCUGGUUACUACUUGAAUGUGAGGCUGAGCCUACUGCUCCUGUGCACUAGCUGACCCUUUUCACCCCGUGCCUUGCACACACAUGGGCCAUGCUGACACUUGGGAAAAGCCAUUCCCAGAGCGCAUGCUCCCAGCCUGCCUGCCUGCACCCUUCUUUCCUGGCUGGCUGUGGGGUGAGAAUCUAUUCCAGCUGUGGCAGCCUAUGCCUCUGCUGGCUGCUCGAGAGCUAGCCUCUUCAGGCUGUGGCUUGGUCCAGCAUGGGAGCAGCUGUGCUUUGACUCCCUCUGCUUAAUACAUGUAAACUCAAGUCUGGAGCAAUAAUCUCCCCUGGAAUUUGCUCCCUCACUGCUGUGGCAUUGGGCACUGAAGCCCAGCAGCCAUGUGCACAGUGGGAGGAGGUCAGAGCAUGGCCCUAGCCCUCUUCCUGCCAGUGGCCCUGCUGUCCCUUGUGCAGGUUCCCAGAGCAGUGCCCUUUGUGCCUUGUAAGUCUUUCCACUGGGAGGGCAUAGGGGCCUGUUCCUGCGCUCAGGAAUAGCGCAGCAGCUGCUCAGUGGGCAUCUCCCACUCUGGCUGUAGUCAAAGCCUUGUUGGUAUGCAUCCUGUGGGGGAAGCAGAGGGCCUUGAGCACCCCCCCCCCCCCCCAAGCCAGGCUGCUUUUGUGUAUCUCCAGAAAUAAAGACAGAAGGAGAAGCGGCUCUACCCUCUUGUUUUCCAGGAUCUCUUUUUAGUGUGAACUCAGUGACCCUUCCCAGCCUUGCCUGAGCUAGACGGAGAUUGGGGGGGGGGGUUUGAAAGCUCCUAAGAGAAGUGCCUGGCCCUAGCAGAACACCAGGGAGCCAGCAGGCAUCUGCAGUGAACUUGCUGCCUUGGGGGCAGCUGCUUGUGGCUAGGAGGGAGUUAACAAGGCAGCAGAUACUGGAAUCGUUUGCAGCUGGACUCUCAGAGCACUCUGGGAAGAGCAAUGGUAAGGACAGGAAUAGGGUUGUCAACUGUCUAAUGGCACAAACGCAAACACGCUUGUCCUGCCUGAGGCCGUACCCCUACCUUGCCCCUUCUCCAAGGCCCCACCCCCCACUCACUCCAUUCCCCCCCCCCGUCGCUCACUUUCCCCCACCCUUACUCACUUUCACUGGGUUGGGGUGCAGGAGGGGGUGUGGGCUGGGGGUGGGGCCAAGAGGUUCAGAGUGUAGGGGGUUGGGGUGCGGGAGGGUAUGAAGGGUGCAGGCUGCCCGGUGCUUACCUUGGAGAGCUCCCGGAAGUGACUGACAUGUCCGGUUCCUAGGCUCGGGGGCAGCUAGGUGGCUCUGCAUGCUGCCCUUGCCCGCAGGUACCACCCCUGCGGUUCCCAGCCGCUGGGAGCUGUGGAGUUGGCACUUGGAGUGGGGGCAGCAUGCAGAGCCCCCGACCACCCCUGUGCCUAGAAUCCAGAAGGACAUACCGGGUUGCUUCUGGGAACCAUGCGGUGACAAGGUAGGUAGAGAGCCUGCAUUAGCCCUGUUGUGCCACCGGACUUUGAGCAGCCUAUUAAAAUCUCCCAGAUUGGUUUCAGUAGCCUCCGGGAGCCUGAGGCUGAUUCUGGGAGACUCGUGGCCAAGCCGGGAGAGUUGACAACUCUAGGUGGGAACCACAGCUGAAAGCAUCUCCACCCCCAAACCCACACAGCCGCUGUCAGCAGGGAGCAAAUACCAGACCUGUGGCUGAAGCCUAGGUACAGAGCAAAGCAUUUGGGGUGGCAGGGUGCAGACCAGGUGCUGCUGCUCAUGAGGGUCCUUCUCUGCAACUGCUGGGGCAGAAAUGGGGCAGGAACCAAACCUCCGGCAGGAGAAGGGAAUAGCUGCCAAGGUGUUUUGGCUUUUGGCCAGAGUUGGGCUGGUGUAGAGAGCCAGCAAGCUGCCUGCAUGUGCUUCCCCUAGAGUCUGCACUCAGGAACGUCCUCCAGCUGCUGGGUGUGUGAGAGGAACCAUUCCUGUUCCCAGGGGCAGGACGCUGGCAUGUGCCAGCUGCUGAGCUAGCAGCCAUGUGCACUCCCAAUGCCUGCGGACCAGGGCCUUUCUCCUCUCCCAGCUUUAGGCAAGGGUGGGAUGAAGGGGGAGUGGUAAAGCAGGUCAGGUAGAUAGUAAGAAAAUCCUGGCCCAGGCUCCUACCAGCCGCGCAGCGCCACGGAGUGGGGGUAAAUGGAAGGAGCAGAAUAUGUCAGUAGAUUGAGGACACUCGCUGGCACAGGAAAUGGUUGAGGCCAGGAUUUAAUAUGGUUCAAAAGGGAUGGGAUGCUUCGAUGGCUAGCGGGAGUAGCUUACAGUAGCAGCAGGGGUACAUUUUGGAAGUGAUUAAAACCUGUUUAAGAUUAUCUCCAGCUAGUAGGGACCAGCAUGGGGCCUACUCUGGGAGGCAGGUUAUCCCACACAUGCUACUGUGGGGUUCUUACACCUUCCUCUGAAACCGCUGGCUAUGGUCACUGGGCGAGAUGGACCUUGGGUUUAAUAGACUCAGGGAACGCUGAUGUUCCUAGGCUCUCUUCUCCCUCCCACCGUGCACCCUAUUGCCCAUCCACCUUAGGCUAGCAACAAAGGACUUAACAAUCGGCCGUGCCCAGCACUCUAGUUCUGUAUCAUGACUGUGACAGAGAUCAGUACCUGAUAAUGACAAGAGAAGGUGCUAGUUGGUGGGGCGGCCAGUGAUGGACACACAUUUCCCCUGCCCCCAGUGGAAGCAGGAGUGGUCAGUUCAGCCACUGAAGAUGGGAGGGGUUGUCCUUAUUUAAUGCAACUCUGGAUAUCCUUAUCUAUUUAAGGCCUGGUUUGAGCUAAACUCUUUGCCUCAGUCUUUUGGCCAAGUGUCCCACCGCUUGUGGUUUUGUGGAUUCUCGAUGUGGUCUGUUUACUCCUGAGGGAAUUCUGUGCCAAUGCAGAAUUUGCACAGAAUUAAUGUUCUGUGCAGAAUUUCAUUUUCCCCUGGAGAAAUGGUGCUGCAGAGCUUCUGGCUGCCACUAGGGGCCACCGGACCCAGAAGAGCCCAGCUCUCUAGCUCUCAAAUACAUUAACUCCUCACUUAACGUUGUCGUUCUGUUCCUGGAAAAUGCGACUUUAAGCAAAAUGUUGUUAAGCGAAUCCAAUUUCCCCAUAAGAAUUAACGUAAAUAGAGAGGGGGUAGGUUCCAGGGAUUUUUUUUUUGCCAGACAAAAGGGACUACAUACAUUUUAAACAAGCAUUUUAAUACUACAAUCAUUGCUGAGUAUGAAGCUUGGUUGAGGUGGUGGAGUCAGAGAGUGGAAGAAGGUAGAUUGUCUGGCUGCUCCUCUUGCUGAACUUUCUGAACUCGAAAAACAACAGCUAGAGAUUGUUGUUUUGCUUUCCUUUUUUUUUUUUUUUUUCUUGGUAAAUUUCUUGAUAGCAAAUCAUUAGAUGACCAACUCCCCCAAUCGCUUUGGAGUUUUCAGGAUCAUCAUCACUAAGGAUUUGCAAGCCAGCCUUAACCCGCCUCUUCUCUUCCUCCUUCCCCCCCUUUACGCUGCAUGCUGUGUCCUCGCUCCUCUCCUGCCUGCAGCAAUCAGCUGGCUUGUGGUGUUCAGGAGAGACGGGGAGCCUGCGUGCUGAGUCCUCACUCCUCCCUCCUGAACGUGGCAAACCAGCUGAUUUCUGGGAGCAGGGGGAAGGUGCUGAUCCGCGGGGUCUGCCAGUGGGCAGGAGGUGCUGUAGGGGAGCUGCCAGCUGUGGACAAAGCAGGCAGCCAAACAAUGUUAUAGUGGAGCAUUGCACAACUUUAAACGGAGCAUGUUCUGUAAUGGAGUAGGGAUGUAAGAUCGAAACAACGUUAAGCGAGAGGAUUUUAAGUGGGGAGUUACUGUACAGGACAUGGGUGGGAGAGGGGCAGGGAAGAAACUGGAGGGUUUGGGGCAGCUGUGUUUCCCAGCAUGCCCUAAAGGAAGGGGGCAACAUGUAGGAAACACCAUACAAGCCUGGGACCCAGCAUCAGGCUGUUUCUCUCUGGAAUCUCGGUGUCCUGCAGCUGGGUUCUGGGUGUGGGUAUCUGAGACCCAAGGGGUACAGUGUUCCCCCAAGAUGUGCCCAGUUCGCAUAUGUGAUACACCCAGACUGAGGUGCCUAACAAAAGCAAUUACAGUGAAACAGGAAUUGGGUUGUUGUAGGGGUUUCUUUAGCUCUCUACUCCUGAGGAAAUCAUGGUUGUCUGUGUUGUUACAGACAUACUUGCUGACUGGUAUUUUGAAAUAAAUUACCAAAAUAACUGAA